AUGGCGUCCCUCACUUUCACCGAGCUCGUCGAAAUCAUCAUGACGCCCUCCCUCCCCGUCAUCCUCAUCGGCAUCAUCCUCAUCCUCGGCGGCCCCAUCCUCUUCCACCUCGUCCUCUCCUCCUCGUCAACCUACACCGUCCCGCCCAGCGUCCUCCUCCUCGGCCCCGACAACGCCGGCAAGACGGCCCUCCUCACCCUCUUCGAGCGCGGCGCAAAGCCCUCGGCCACGCACACCUCCCAGGUCUCCCAGUCCAUCGAGCUCAACGCCUCCACCGACUCCGUCACCAAGGCCUCGUUCCGCAACCACGACGACGCCACGGGCACCCACACCAAGUUCCUCCUCGUCGACACCCCCGGCCACGGGAAGCUGCGCAACGUCGCCAUGGGCAAGCUCGCGCGCACCGAAAAGACAAAGGCCGUCGUCUUUCUGGUCGACGCCGCCGCGCUCGGCGAGCAGGAGACCCUUGCGCCCACGGCUGCGUACCUCUACGAUGUGCUGCUGUUCUUGCAAAAGAAGGCCACUUCCAAGGGCAAGGACAAGGCGUCCAUCCCCGUCCUCAUCGCGGCCAACAAGAUGGACCUGUUCACCGCGCUGCCUGCCACCAUGGUCAAGUCCCACUUGGAGACGGAGCUGACUCGGAUUCGCGCUUCCCGAAGCAAGGGCCUGCUUGACUCGGGCGUCGGCAUUGACGACGUCGGCUCCGAGGAGCAGGAUGGCUGGCUGGGAGAGUACGGAUCUGAAAAAUUCACGUUCCAGCAAAUGGGCGAGUUCGACAUUGACGUCGAGGUGCUAGCCGGCAGCGUCUUGACUGAAGAGCCUGGUGCUGACAAGUGGUGGUGGUGGAUUGCUCAGAGAAUAUAA